AUGCCACCCUCACGCCAACUCCUCCCUCUCCUCAGCUCAUUAGGCAGUUCUCGAUGGGCUCUCACGCGUACACUCCGUAGCGACAACCCGCUUGACCUAAACGGCGAAUUGCGCGGCACCGCAACCUUCACCCCGCUCCCCAACACAGCCGACCGCGACUGGCUAUAUAGUGAAGAGGGCGAGAUUCCCACAUCGGUCAGCGGAGGCGCUGCACAGGCCGGAUUGCGCUGGACCAAGAAAUAUAUCUGGCGCGACGGUGAUGCGGGGCGCAUUAGCGUGUGGUUCGUCAAGGUGGCUCCGGGACCUGAAGAGGCGGACUACCUCUUUCACAACUUUGAUUUCGCCGAUGCGACGGUGAAGCCCGAGGGUUCUGGAGGGGAAGAGGAGAGUGCAAAGGAUAAGGGAGAGGGCGAGGCCGAGUUGAUCACUCCCCCAACACCUCCCUCGAUCGCUACGCCGGAUACCGAGACGGCUGUUCUCAUGGCUCGGGGGAAUCACCUAUGCAUCAAUGAUAUGUAUCGCACUGCCUAUGCGUUCCGGAUCCAGCCGGAAACGGGGGAGUUGUUGAGUUGGGCUAGUCGACAUGUCGUUCGGGGCCCGAAGAAGAACCAGGACAUUAUCAAUAGCUACGAGAGGGCGGUUUGA